AGCGUUGACUUUUAACGUGGCGCUGCGCUGGAACUCUCUCGUCCGACUUCAAGUCACCGAAGCUGUCGCGAAGUUGUGACUAGGACACCAGCCCGCUUGGUCUCUCCGCUGGCACGACUUGCUAACAUCCAUGUUAGCAGCUAGCCUGUUGGUGUAAAUGCUUUUCACUAGAAUGGACCUGCUGAACUCUCAGUUCCUGGACAAGAUGAACAAUAACAUCGGGAGACUGCACUACGACGAUGAGUCCAGGACACCCCCCAUGCCCACGGCCAUGUCCAACAUAACCGGGCCCCCUCCUCACUGCCCAAGCAAACGGAAGUAUGGAGAAGAACAAAUGGACGACCGGAUGAACUGUGAUGACGACCACAUGACCAAAAUGAGCAGAUUGUUUGCCACUCAGCUGGCCCGUCCCUCUGCUGGAGACAAUCGUAAUGAGCACUGGAGUCACAGUCCUGUGGAGCACAUCACAUCCUCUUCUAAUGGUCUCCAUGGGACCCACUUGUAUGCUUCCAUUUCGGGCUACGCUGUGGACCAGCCUCUGCCUCUGACCAAAAGCAGCCACGACAUUGGAGUUGGGGGCAGAGAGAGAUCUGUCAUGGGUGGGACUGUCGAGCGGCAGCAGAAUCGUCCCUCAGUUAUUACCUGUGCCCCGGCGAGCAACCGCAACUGUAAUCUCUCUCACUGCCACAUGAACGGCUGCUCUCCCAGCCCACCUGCUGAUCAGAGGAAGACCAACGCCAACACAGUAUGUGACCCCGUGAUUGAGGAGCACUUCCGUCGCAGCCUUGGGAAAAACUACAAAGAGGCGGAGCCUGAGUCCAACUCGGUGUCCAUCACAGGGUCGGUGGAUGACCACUUCGCCAAAGCCCUGGGAGAUGCCUGGCUCCAAAUCAAGGCCAAGGGCGGGGGUCAUCAGAGCCCAGAUUCAGAUCCAUGAAGCGGGGGGGAGUAAACAUUACAAUCGCCUUCUUUAGUCUUUGCUUCUUGCCAAGCAUCAACUUCCCUUAGCCAAGAACAAUGUAAGACGUGGUGCUGCCAGGCCGGUCACUCGUGGGCGCUGAGGUUAACCUCUUAUUAGAACACUGUGGGGAAGUUUUUCAAUCAAAGAAGAGAAAGUAAAUGUUCCAUACUGUAAUUGGAUUGACGAUGGUGGUUGUGGAAUUUAUACAAUCAUAGAUUUUACAAUUGGUUGUCAGCCUCUGUUCUGUUAAACCAGCCUUUCACUUGCCUUGAUAGCCAAAGAACCCCCCCCCCC